UUUUCUGUCCAGAGUCUGAUGCUCACAGGCUGAAUUUCCUGGGUCACAGGAGGCUGUUGAAUCCCUUCGUAAUUGGGAUACUGGGCUGGGACGCUGCUUCUGCUCCCCAGCGGAGUCUGUGAGGGGAGAGAUCUGCAGUGCCCCCUCUUCUAUGCCCAGCCCGGGGGGCUUUCUGCGGCAGCUGGACCCAGCCCCUGGGGCAGCCCCGGACUCUGCCGACACCAGCCCCUGAGCCGGAGCCUGCAGGAAAGAGGUGGAGCAUCCCUGAGAUACUGUGGACGUUGCAGUGGUGUUUUCUGACUUUCUGAAGACACCUCUCAGAAGGAGGUGCAGACAUUCCAGACUCCAACUGGCAGGAGUGGCUCAUGACUUGCUGUUGCCACAGAUUCUCCAUAUGUAGACCUGUGCUUCUGAAGCAGGGCCAUAAGUACAGACUGGUGGGACCACGUUGUCUUGCGGACCUGGGAAGACCAGGAGGGGCUCCAGAACUUUCUCAUGGAGAAGCAGAGAUUCCUGGAGCUGUGUAAUCAGCUUGCCACAACCCUCUUGGGUCAGGACACACACGAGGGAGGUCGUGCUGGUCCAGAAGCAGGUGGCUAUAGCCAUCGGGAUGGAAGUGGACUACUCCUGACUGUUAGAGGUCCAUGGCUAACCAGUUUGGUGUGGACCCCGUGAAACCUGCUUGCGGCCCCACAGAGGCCCCGGAACCCUGGCCGAGAACAACUGUUCUAGGGGACCCCGCGUAGCCUCUUUUGCCAUGGCUUAUGAAAAUGUGCCCUGAUCUCAGAGGGCCAGACAAAUGAUUUAAUUACACCUUCAGUUUACUACCUUUGGGUUUACAAUCCUUUUAGGUAGUCCACUUUCUGGAGGGCAUAACAGUUCUGGAGAUUCCUGAAUGGCAAAGGGAUCUUCUAUUCCAAGAUACCUGAAGCAAGUCAUCUAAAUGCUUGCUAAAGAGCUUUUCAGGCUUAUAGUGACUGAGCAGCACAUAUACAGUUGGAGGGUCUAGUUACCUUCAGAGGAGGCCCUAGAAAGUGUGCCCUACUGCAAAAUGUGACCACUCAUCUGGAGUUCCUGUACUGAGAAAAGUCUGCAAUCAUCAGGAUUGGUUGAAAAUUCAUGGGGAAAACAAUAGGAUGUUAUGUUUGCCUGCAGAUGUAUUGCAGCCUCCCUGAAUGCUCCCUGAAAUAAUGCAAUGACCCAAGAACUGCUUGUCCUCACAACACUGGCCCUGAUCAUACUUCUGUAACAAAGGAUUACAAAGCACUCCCUCCCCGGAACAUUUAUGGACUCAUAGUAUGGGGCCUGUGGUUUACGUACAACCUCCUGGUUUAUAUCAGGCCGUUCAUACGGCACCCAUGGACUACAUACUCCCCCCGCCCCCAGUUUUGCAUAAUCGUUCAGGUGGCUCAGGAUGCUCUGGAUUUCUGAUUCACCCUAUGUGAUCUCCUGGAUGGAACGAGGCGAUGAGCUGUGGGGGUCCCAGAUCUCCAAGGAUUUGAGGGACUGGAGAUCCCAGGAGGCAUGUGCGCCAGUGGGGAACUCAUUCAGGCAACUCAGAAGCCCUCAGUUUCUGUUCCUGACACUCUUGUUCUCCCUGUCAGAGGCAAGGACUCAUGUCCAGAUUCUCUCCAUUUAUUGCAGCUGCAGAGGGGAUGGUGAAUGAGGAUGUGGACAGUCCCCAGCAGAAUGUCCCUAAGGAGCUGGGGCUGCAGGGGCCUGGUCAGGGAGACAGUUGUGGGACUGACAGCAGCUCAGAAAGGCAGCAGAGAAAUUGCUCAGGAAAAAGAAAGGUUCAGUCCCUUUCAUGUGACAAAGACUUCAAGGGUGAGAAUGUCCCCCAGAGCUACCCAACUAGAGAGAAUAUAUACUUGGAUACAGAGUGUGAGGAAGGGUCUGGUCUGCACUCAGGCCUGGGACAACAUCAGACAGCCCAGUGGGGAGACAAAACCCAUCAGUGUGCUGAGUGUGGGAAAUGCUUUUGUGGGAGCUCGAACCUGAUUACGCAUCAGAGAAUCCACACGGGAGAAAAACCCUAUCACUGCCCCAACUGCGGGAAAAGUUUCAGCGUGAAAUCAAACCUCACGACCCAUCAGAGAAUCCACACGGGAGAGAAACCCUAUAAGUGCUCUCACUGUGAUAAAAGGUUCAGCCAGAGCUCAGACCUCACUAAACACCAGCGAAUCCACACAGGGGAGAGACCUUACAGAUGUGAUGCAUGCGGGAAAAGCUUCAGUCAGAGCUCGCGGCUCCUGACACACCAGAGAGUCCACACAGGAGUGAAACCUUAUAAAUGCCCUAAGUGUGGGAAAAGCUUCCGCGUGAGCUCCCAUCUCACUAAGCAUCGACGGAUCCACACGGGAGAGAGGCCUUAUCUGUGCUCGGAAUGCGGGAAGAGCUUUAGCCAGAGCUCAGACCUCACUGCCCACCAGAGGACCCAUACGGGGCAGAGACCCUACGGAUGCCCUGACUGCGGGAAAAGCUUCCGCCAGAGCUCGCACCUCGUUAGACACCAGAGAACACACACAGGUGAGAGGCCCUUCAGAUGCACUGAGUGCGGGAAAAGCUUCAGCAUGAGCUCAGAGCUUCUCGCCCACCAGCGAACUCACACAGGUGAGAGGCCCUUCACCUGCCCCAGCUGUGGGGAGAGCUUCGGCCAGAGCUCCACCCUGGUCCUACACCAGAGAAUCCACAGCCAGGAAAAGCCCUACAAAUGCCCUGACUGUGGUAAAGGCUUUGGCCGUAGGUCACUCCUCAUCCUGCACCAGAGGAUCCACCUGGGGGAUAGACCCUACAGCUGUGGGCACUGCGGGGAGAGCUUUACUGACAGCUCCAACUUUGUGAAACAUCAGAAAGCCCAUGUGGGAGAAAAGCCCUACAAAUGCCCCGAGUGCAGAAAAGGGUUUGUGCGCAGCUCGGAUCUCAUUAAACAUCAGAGGAUCCACGCCGGGCACAAGCCGUUCACAUGCACUGAGUGCGGGAAGAGUUUCAGCGAGAGCUCCAACCUGCACAGGCACCGGAGGGCCCACACGGGGGACCGGCCCUACAAGUGCUCCAACUGUGGGAAGAGCUUCGGCCAGAGCUCUGACCUCAUCAAACACCAGCGCACGCACAUGGGUGACCGGCCCUACAAAUGCACUGACUGCAGGAAAAGCUUCAGGCAGAGCUCGGACCUGGUCAAACACCAGAGGAUCCACAAUGGAGAGAAGCCCUACAAAUGCCCAGACUGUGAGAAAAGCUUUAGUGUGAGCUCAAGCCUUGCCUCACACCAGAGAAUCCAUGUCGCAGCGAAGCCCUAUGAGUGCCCUGAGUGUGGGCAAAGCUUCAGCGUGAGAUCCACCCUGUCUACGCACCAGAGGAUCCACAGUGGAGAGAAACCCUUCAGGUGCUCUGAUUGUGGGAAAGGCUUUGGCCGCAGCUCCAACCUGGUCAGGCACCAGCGGAUCCACACCGGGGACAGACCCUACCGGUGCUUGGACUGUGGGAAAAGCUUCACUCAGAGCUCGACCCUUAAUAGACACCGGAGAGUCCACAUGGGAGAGCGGCCUCUCCUGCUUGCUGCAUCAGAGUGAUGGACAAAGCCAAUGAUAUCUUGGCCAGCUGGCCAGAGGGUUAUUGGUACACAGGGCCUGGCCAUACACUCCUCAUGGCUGUGCCCCUGGGCUGGCAUGACUGCAAAUGAUGAUUUUAUUAUCCAUAUAAAUGUCUAGCCUUUUCCUGAAUCCUAGUACACAUUCCUCACCUCAGUACUUUCUUGGGUCUUUUCCUGGAGGCCUGAGUUCCCUCAUGCCAGCUGAGGCCUUGUCUACACAGGAAAGUUAAGGUCUGAAUUUAAACUGAUCUAGUUAUCCCUGUUUAACACCCCCAGCCCCACAUGGAAGCUUUUAUUCCAAUAUAAGGGUGGCCUUUUUCCAGUUUAGUUUACAACAUUUAGCCACAGGAAUUAAGCAAACUGAAUACGGCACUCUUAUGCUGGUAUAACUGGUAAAACUUUCCCCACACAGAGAAGUCCUGGAGCUCUCUGGUUUCAGGAACUUUGUGAAGUCCCCCGCCACACCCCAUCAAACAGUGGAAAUGCAUGGAUGUCUUUUCAGUGAUCUGACAGGCUUCUUCAGGUCAGUUCAAAUCUUAACCCCUUCCUUUCUGUUUUCCCAAACAUCAGCAUUAGCUAGCCAGUGGUGGAAAUGUCUCAGACUUGGCUGAGUUCAUCACUGUACAGCAGCAUCAGCCACUUUCAGUGGUGGGGAUGGUUCAGUGAUCCACAUUUGUUGGGGGUGGGGUGGGGGGGAAGUUGAUAGAAAGCGAGCUGAAAGGGGCUGUUCAGAUAAAAUACCCACAGCAAACACUGAAAAAGGAUCUAGAUUCUGUUCUCAGUGAUGGUAGGGUGAAUACUGAGUGGCCCCACCAGACUCAGGGGAGUCACUCUGGAUAAACCUUGGUGCAGGAUAGAGUGGAAUCUGGCCAGAUGGGGUACAUCUACAAAGUGGGAAAAAUAAAACCCCAUAGUGGUGAGUUUACGAGCCCAGGUCUAUAGACUCAGGCUUGCAGGGCUCAUACUAGGAAGCUGAAAAUAGCUGUGUCAAUGUUCUGGCUUGGGCUGGAGCUUGAGCUCUGAAACCCAGCCUGAGCUGGAAAGUCCACAUGGUAGCACAAGCCCCAGUUCGUAGACCUAGGCUCUGAGACUCACUGGGAUAUUUUUGCUGUGUAGACAUACCCGUGGCAUUUAAUGGUUUAUUAUCUCCUCUUACUCUCUGCUAAGAACUGUGUUGUUACAGUGGGAAGAUGUGUACUCCACAAGUGUGUGUUUCCCCACUGGUUCCUAUAAGGCUUCCUGUAUUAGCGGUGUUGCUUUCUGAGCAGAUUCAGUGAGCCAGGAAAUACAGCAGUAUUUUACCAGAGGAAUGAUUUUUUAAAGUGGAAAUUAAAACUUAUUUCUGUGCAGAAUGUCUUCCCCGAAAUCUGGGAGACAUCAGCACAGCCACUGAAGAAGCCGGAGAUGCAUUUGCCGUAAUCCCCGAUAUCAUUUAUUUCAUCUCAGUGCUGCUUUCACACUUGUCAUUUUGUUAAACGUCCUUUUUCUUUGAGUGCAUUUGUCAGAGUCCUGGUGUGGAUGCUGGUUUUGCUCACUGUUCAUGGAGGCCAUUUUUGUUUACUGCUCAUGCUAUGUAUCAACAUAGAGCUAUGCUGAUUUAUACCAGCUGAGGUUCUGGCCCAAAGAGAGUACAGCUGGGAUGUUUUAAAGCUUAAAAAAUAUAAAAAAGUUCUAUAAGGUCACAUCCAAGGUACCAAUGCAGCAUUGUUGUCUACUGUAUAUUUAUAAGACAUCAAUGCAAGAGAUGUCCUCUGUGUGUCAUGGAUCCACAGGGUCUGGUUUAUGUGUCCACCUGUAACCCUGGGGAGUGACCUCGAUAGACUGCCAGGUCCCAAGGAGCCACACAGUUCCACAGGGUGCGGCCCAUGGCUUCCAAGACUAGGCUGGUGGCACCAGUGAUCCCGGUCUGUCUCCGUGACUCCCUGCAGCAAGUCCAGCAGAGCCAGUCUCCUGUGAGAGGCUUGUCCUGUACUCCUCCAGAGCACAAUGUUUCCUGUAAAGUAUUUGCAGCGACACCAGGAAGCCUUUUCAAAACAAGGUAACAAUUUAUCAGUCAGCUGGCUCACAGAAUCUGAAAGUCCAUAGGUUAGCAUAGAAAGGAAAAGAGAUGAAGACAGAAUUUGGUCUGGCCUAUGUCAGGGGCAUCCUAGCUCUUAACACAGUCACCUGGCGCUUUUCCCCUCCAAAGCUUGUCUCUCUCACCAACAAAAGUUGGUCUCCUCUUUCUUCUCCAGCUGGGAGAGCCUUCUUUCAGCAGGGAAGCCAAGCAGUGUGGGAAAUCUCCUUCCUCUUGGCUGUUGGUUGCUAGGUGUUACUGUUCCCCCCACUGGGGUUUCCAUGGUCUCUUCUGAUCCACCAUUUACAUGUAUAGACUUUAUUUAGAUUGUUAGUGAUUCUGGUUUCAAGCCCACCUGCUGAGUUAACAGCUCAUCCCUUUGCUUUACACUCAGGGCUUGUCUACCCAUAAAAUGCUGCCGUGUGGCUUGCACCACUGUAGUGCUUCAGAGA